AAGUCUACAUACAUCCUCUUCGCAGUUGCGCGCUCAACUUCUGUCUCGUCAAUAAUUUCUACAUAUUUCCCCAAAACUAGUGUAUAUUAUACUAUACACUUGUUGAUCAGUAGUAAUACUAUCAAAACCUUCCUGUACAACGUUUAUACGUAGUUGAGUAUUUCUUUUUCUAUUUAAUGUAAGUGCAAUACUGAGUUUAUUCAAUUUAAUGACGCAUCGAGGGGACUCAUUAAAAACGUUUGGAAAUGGUUAACUGAGAACAGUUUGCACUGGUUUCGUCCGAGGUUAGCAGGUCAAACUAUGUCGAGAGCAUGUUGUGUUAUUAUAAUUUCACAAAUUAUCCUCGCAUGCGUAGAUGCUUACAACAGCAAAUGUGGAAAAGUCCAUUUAACCGUAUCGGCUAGGGAUACGUACAUUGAAAUGAAUUGGAUAACAGAAUGUCCAAAAUAUUUACAACCCGAUGAAAUAAUAUUAUCAAGAAAGAAUAUGGCAGGAAGGGAUGAAGAUCAAGAUAUUUUACUAAGAGUACAGCCAUUGGACUACCCAGAUGGAUAUUUAAAAACCAAAGUGAAAUUCGGCCACCCCUUUCUUCCUGGUGGAUGGGAUUACAACGAUGAUGUUGGCACUAAAGCACCAGGACCACACUGUUUUCCCUACUGGAUAUCUUCUUUCAAUAACAGUCAUAUUAUAGACUCAAGAUGUCUUGCUAUACAACCCACUUGGAUGGCAGACAACAAGGAUUUACUAGCAGAUCGAUAUCUUGAUACUCUGCUGCUACCAGGAACCCAUAAUUCAGGAGCUUUCUUAGGAGAAGGUACUUUUCAAGAACAAUUCAUAUUAAAUCAAGAUAGAGACAUAUGGACUCAACUAGUGUUUGGGAUUAGAUAUUUAGAUUUCAGGAUAGGAUAUUACGGAGCACAAGGAUUCUUCUUAAAUCAUGAUAAAUUCAGAAUCCAAGAAGUGCGUCCUUUAUUUCAGCAAAUCAAAAAAUUUCUGUUAGCGUCUCCCAACGAAAUGAUAGUGUUAGAUUUCCAUAGAUUUCCCUAUCCUUCAAAAUUCUCUGAAGAUAUUCACAAUCGAUUUAUCAAAAUUGUUAAUGAGGAUUUAGGAGAAUUUGCCGCAACUGUACUUAGUGGAAUGAGGACGACAAAAUUACGAGAAUUUUGGGCCUUAAAUAAAAGUUUGAUCAUAUGCUACAAUAACCAAGCUGUUGUAGAAUCGAAAAAAAACGAGACCUGGUUAUGGCAUCCGCUUCGCCAAUAUUGGGGAGACGCUAGAUCUUUGCAAGAUUUGAAGAGACACAUCAGAAAAGUCAUCGAUGAACGUGGUGAUCUACCGAAGGCUAACCCUUUUUGGGCUCUAAUGGCUGAACUCACCCCUCGACCGAUCGAUGUAUUUUUCGGUACUUACAAUUUACGAAAAUUAGCUCAAGAAACAAAUAGAGAAGUAACUAAAUGGUUCCGAGAUGAAUUUGGGAAAGAAAGUAAUAUCGUUGCCACUGAUUAUUUUGUUGGAAAUGAUAUAAUCGAUAUCGCUAUCGACAUAAAUACAAGAGGCAAUAGAAAUAAAACUAUAUCAUAAUAAAUAAAUAAAUAGUAAACGAUAUUAAUUUAUAAAUGUUGAAUUUGAUACUUAUAUUUGUAUAACUUUCAAGAAAUUAAACUUUUAAAACCGU